CUCACAGCACAGGUGAUAAAUGUUUACAACUAUGCAGUGGGAAGUGGUUUUGUGGUUGGUCAUUGCAAUUGUUAUUCACGUUUUCAUAUUUAUAUUCGUAAUGGGCAAGAAAGCAAAAAGCAUUGUCGGCCGCCAUGUCGUCGUCACCGGUGGCUCCCGGGGAAUCGGACUUUCCUUGGCCGUCGAGUGUGCGAUGAAAGGCGCCAGUGUUACAGUAAUCGCAAGAGACCAAAAAUUGUUGGAGGGAGCCGUGGCACUCAUGGAAGUAAUACGCCAGCGACCCGAACAAAAAUUUCAAUAUCGCAGCCUGGACAUUGGCGGCGACUAUGAUGAAGUAGCACGUGUACUUGGCGAGCUGGAAGAGAGCAUUGGCGACAUAUAUGCACUCAUCAACUGCGCCGGCAUGGCCAUCUGUGGCGUCUUCGAAGAGGUUGCAGUCGCCGAUGUUCACAAAUUGAUGAAUGUCAACUUCUUUGGCAGCUACAAUUGCACGCGUUAUGUCCUGCCCAAGAUGAAGAAAGCCGGCGAUGGAAUAAUUGUGCUGACCUCGUCGCAGGCUGCCAUGUUUGGCAUUUACGGCUAUGGACCUUACUCCGCCAGCAAAUUUGCCCUACGCGCCAUGGCCGAAACAAUUGCAAUGGAGUCGCGUUCUCAUGGGGUCUCUGUGACUUUGGCGCUGCCCUGCGAUACAAAUACGCCUGGAUUUGAGGAGGAAGAGAAGUCAAAACCACGUGCAACGAAAAUCAUUUCGGGAGGCGGUGGAUUGCUCGAGCCCGAGGUUAUGGCACGUGCAAUACUUAAGGAUGCUCUGAAGGGAAACUUUAUAUCAACUGUGGGCGUUGAGAGCUGGCUGCUUACGAUGGUAGGUGGCGGCUUGUUACCGUGGAAUGGCUUCUUUACCAAUCUACUGCAUUCGUUUGUCAUUGGACCAGUGCGUCUGUUCAGCUAUGGGCUCCAUAAAUACUUUAAUGGCAUCAUUAAUAAAUGUAUCAGAGAAGAUCGUGCUGCCCAACAAUCCGCUAAAGUAGAUCAGAACACAUAAUCCUAAACACAUUCUUGUACGUCAAUUAUGGCCUUAUAAUGCUUAUUCAGUGUACUUUGCAUUUCGUAUUCCAUGUUCAUCCCAUGAGUAUCAAUGUAUACUCUACAAACUUAUACCAAACAAUCCAGUUAGCUUAUGUAACGCUUACGUAAAUAAUUUAUUUAGAUCUAUAACUGUUUAACAAUAUUUGUAUAGGGUUUUGUUUUAGAAUUUUGUGUUUAUUUCGAUCA